AGCUCCAGAACUUGGUAACGCCCAGGGACUGACUAGAGGCCACGCCCCCUCACAACCAACAAGCCAGUAGAGAAGAACUAUGUGGUUGCUAAGGGAAACCUCUAGCGGCAAGAUGGCGUUCGCCAGUGAGGGAUGCGCGACCUCCUGCUUGCCGCACCGGGAGCUUCCAGGAAGGCCACCGCGGGACGGUAACGGCCGACUACCCUACCAGGCCUCCGUCGGGAAGGGAGGGAGGCGGACAGGUUAUGGGGUCUAUGUUUAUCCGAAUUCUUUCUUUCGAUACGAAGGAGAAUGGAGAGGAGGCAAGAAACACGGUCGGGGGAAGCUGCUGUUUAAAGAUGGGAGUUACUACGAAGGUGACUUUGUGGAUGGAGAGAUCACGGGAGAGGGCUGUCGGCUCUGGGCACUGACAGGGAACACCUACACUGGACAGUUUGUUCUGGGAGAGCCCCAGGGACACGGCAUCAUGAAGUACCAAGCCGGCGGACAUUACGAAGGGGAGCUCUUCUGCGGCCUGAGAGAAGGACACGGGUGUCUGGUGGACGCAGACGGACAAGUGUACUGGGGGUCGUUUCACGACAACAAGCGGCACGGCCGAGGGCGGAUGGUCUUCCGGAAUGGCGACGAGUACGAGGGCAACUGGGUCCGGGACCAGCGCCAGGGCCAUGGGAUGCUGCGGCUCGCGGAUGGCUCCACCUAUGAGGGACAGUGGCACAGUGGCGUGUUCAGUGGACAGGGCAGCAUGGCCCACUGCUCCGGGGUCAUCUACCGAGGGAUAUGGAUCAACGGUCACCCCAUGGCACAAGCCACGAGGAUCGCAAUUUUGGGUCCAGAGGUGAUGGACACAGCCCAAGGGUCUUCCCUCAUGUUGACCGUUCAGCUGCAGCAGGACAGCGGGGAAGUGGCCACAAGUGAGGAUGGCCGGGAGUUGGAGAUCUCUGCGGGCAUCCGGUACGUGCAGCUCCCAGCCUACUCGGAGGUCAGCUUUUUCAGAGUGGAUGACGGCUUGGGGCAGACGCCCAUCCAGACCCCCUUUGGAUUCCAGUGCAUCUCCUACCCUCUGUCCAGCCCCGAGUCCGAGGGCCCGGAGCCCAGAGCUGCCCUGGAAAGUGCCAGCACCGACUCACCGCUCCCUGAGGGGGACCCUGGUGGCCCGCCUGAUUCAGCGGCGUUGUUGUUGUCCUUGUCGCCAUCGGAGGACGUGCUGGUGUUUCUACAUAAAGGUGCUCACUGGGCGGCAGGUCCGCUGCCAGCCCAGGUGUGAGCCCCGCGUCAGUGACCAUGUGCAGGCCCCUGCACUGGACCCAGCAUGUGGGUGUCAAGCCAUAGAAAACAGCCUGUGGGGAAGCCGAGGGGUCCGCACCCACUCAGCUCCAGCCCCUUCAGCGCUCGCGGCUGAGUCGCAGGCCCUGGGUGCUCAGCAGGAGUGACUCCAUCCCUUUCCGCCUGAACAUCCCUAGGGCUCAGCUCCUCUUCUACAAAAUGAGGUGCUCUCAGCAUCCGCCUGCAGGACGAUGGACUGAGCCCCCCUGCACCCUCUGCCCCGCCACCAGGUCUGGCCCUGGACAGUGCCCUGAGGAGGGAACAGGGCCCCCAUCUAGAGGGCAAGGAGGACACUCCUACUGUUCCUGCCCUUCUUAGGACUCAGUCUGCCCUUUGCAGGAGUGGGUUCACAUAGGACCCUUCCAGGUGAAAGUCCCCACCCCCCACGAUGACACUCGCCCCCUCCCCAUACCCCAGCCCCUCGGGCCUGUUGCUAGAGAGCCUGGGUCAGCCCAGGGUGGUGAACACUCUGCAUCUGUCUGUCCUGUGGUGCACACUCCAGCUCUUCUGCAAGGAGGUGAGCGGUCAGCCUCCAGUGAAAGAAACCCUAAGAUAAUGACAGAACACCCAUCCUGAAUGUUCACUGGAAGGACUGAUGCUGAAGCUGAAGCUCCAGCUCCAACACGUUGGCCACCUGAUGCAAAGAGCUGACUCAUUAGAAAAGACCCUGAUGCUGGGAAAGAUUGAAGGCAGAA